AAAAAGUAUCAACAUUCUUGGCCAAAACAAGCGCAGAUAAUAAAGAUUUUCACACACUCAGUUAAAAUUGCUAAAGUUAAUCAAUGUCUGGUAUAAUGUAUGAAAUUAGAACGGCGGUCCCAAAAACGGAUUGUUUUGAACUGGAAAACGUUAUCGCCAAUCUGCAGGGGAAUUUGAAAACAAUAAAUGAGAAGCUUGCCAAUUUGCGGAACAUCACUCGAAAAGAAUGCAAUAACCAAAAACGCAAUAUUUAUCUAAGUUCAAUACAUACCCUGGUUAAAGAGCAGCAUAAAACACAAAGCAUUUUAGAGAAUUUCAAGGCAAAACUAGCAACUCUCAGAUUUCGUGGUAAAAGGGAAGUGAUUACAAGGGAAACGCAGAAGCCCACUAAAAAUGCAAAACUCUUUGAACUCUUUGAGCCAAAAGAAACAAAACUUGAAAUUAAGUCAGUUAAGUCUAUUGAAGCCUCGGCUUUUGCGAAAAAACAGAAGACAGAGAACCAUCAAAAUCAGGCGGGUGAUAAGAAUAUCGAAUUAAAUGAAAAUCCCAUCAGCAAUCACGGCAAGGCGAUGAAAUGUUUAAAAGCUCACGUGGAUAAGCGGAAAACGAUCGUGCAACAAAGGAAAGCAUUUUCCGAAUGUGUCGAGGAUGAACCUUUAGUUAUAAAUGAUCCCAUAAUGGAUGUAGAGAUCGAGCAAACAGUUGUCGAAGAUCAUCCAGUGGGGCAACAGGUCGUUGCAACAAAAUCAAUUGCCAUUGAUAAUCACAGCGAUGCAAUGCAAUGCUUGAAAGCCCUCCAGGAAUAUGCAAUGUUAAAUGAAAAUUUUCGAGCAAUUGGUUUGCUAAUGCAAACCGAAAAAGCAUUUUCCAAUCCGGCAGAUGUCAAGGAUUUUGAGCUGUAGCAGAUUUAUUUUCCACAUGUUAUUGUUAAUAUUAGGGUAAUAGUAUAUAUAAAUAUUUAGGCAAACAUAUUUUUUGCACAUAUAAUUAGAAUUAUAUUUUCUCGACUAACAAAUAAAUUGUGUUAAUCA